CUUCCGCCUUCGCCUGCGCAGCGAUUUCUCCUUCCAGCUCGCACGGCCGGCCGCGGUGGAUGCCGGGAAGGCGGAUCCGGGAGGAGGAGGGGGAGGAGGUUGUGUGUUGUGGACUCUUCCGUCAGCCCGGGGUUACCUGGAAGAUUAGGAAGUGGAAAUCCCCGCACUGACCGGCAGUUCGGAGACACCCGAGGGAGCGACAUGAGCGGUACCCCCGAGCUGUGCGGCCCGGGAGAAGGGGACAAGGUGUAACAAUUCUCUGUACUCCUAACGAUACAGCAUGGAACCAGAGAUUAUCCGAAUGUACUCUUCAUCCCCGCCACCUCUUGACAGUGUCCCAGAUGAUGAUGAAGAUGACGAGUUUGGAGAGUUUGGAGGAUUCUCUGAAGUCAGCAACUCUGGAAUGGGAUUUGCGGACUUUGAUACAGUUAAUUUUCCUAAAGGGCGAGAGGACUUCAUCCCAUCAAAACACUUUUUGCCGAUACACGAUUACACCGAUAGCUCUGUAAAUAACUUUACUAGCAUUACCUCGAUUAAAGCUGGUGAGAACGUCUCUGAAAUCAGUAGUUCUAAGAAGGGACUUUCAUCCGUGUUUGAAUCAAACACCAACCAUGAAACCACCCAGUUCAAUGAUGCUGCACUUGAUAAUAAAGGGAGCUCAGGGGAGAUCGAAACACAGCUAAACUCUGAAACCCAUGUUUCUUCUAUUGACAAUGCGGAUUUGGUAUCUAGAGGCCAGGAUCAAAUGGUAAGCACUUGUAAUGGAGAGCAAAUGCAUAGUCUAGAAAAUCUAACCAAUGGGUUUACAGUGGUAGAUUCUGCUAACCCUCAGGGAUUUCAAAAUGUCGACAGUAUGGGGCACUCAAAGGGAUUUCAGUCUAUUCGUUCUCAUAGUCCAGAUUUAAGCAUAGACUUUUCACCACCCAGCCCUGGUGAUGAUUUUGAAGCGUUUGCCACAUUUUCAAGUAAAGACGCUGUAGACUCGGAUGUUACAGAGCAGCAAGCACACAUGGGUUUGCGCGAAGAACAGACUCCAAGUAUUAAACUUGAUACUAAAUUGAGUAGAUAUGAAGAUGGAAUCAUCUUGGCUCCAACGGAAGUACUUAAUGAAUCUGUCUCUGAAGACAGAAUAGACUCUGAUUUAUCACCCGUCGAUCCUCCUUUAGAACCAGAUACACUAACAUUUGACAGUGUUCCAAUUCCUAUUUCCAUGGCACCUGAAACGAGUAUAUCUGAUAGUUUGCACUUACCGGAUACCGAAACAACUCCUGGACUUACACUAAGUUAUAAUGAAGAUGCGUUAGAAAGUUUUGAUGGUGAUGGUUCUUUAGCACAUGAAAAUUCACUGGAUAGAAAAGAGUUGGCGCUCGAUUUAAAUCAAGAAAAUGAGAAUACCAAUAUUGGGAAUAUUUCGUAUGAUAGUUCGUUUGGAGAUUUUAAUGCUGCUACUGAAGAAUCGCCUCCACCUUUAACGGACAAUAGCGACUCAAAUAAUGCACACUUUCAUGCACCUUUAGACUUGGCUAUGAAUGAGUUGGAGGAUGAUUUUGGUGACUUUAAGGAUACAAACAUUGACUCUUUUCACGAAGAACAGAUCGUAAAUUCAGAAGAACUGUCAUUGCCCAGUGUUGCUGAAGAACAGUCUCCGCAAAAGCCCAGUGAGGAAACGGAUGAAUUCAGUGACUUUGGUCAUUUUGUUUCUUUAGAGAAAAAAGAAGACUGGAGUACUGUGCAAGACUCGAACGAGUUUGCUGACUUCGGUACGGCAGGCAGUUUUCCACAGCCUCCAGAAUGGAAUGCAUUCGAGGAGGACCAGGAGGAAGGUUCAUCGUGGGCUGCGUUUGAAGAUAAGAAAACAGAUUCCCAGGCCAAGUCUGAUGACUGGCAGUCCUUUAGGACAGAUAUGCCCUCUAGUACUGAUGAUCCGGUCAUAAACUCAGAAAGUGUUGACUUGCCUGCAUUUCAUGACUCCGAGUCAAGUUUAAUUUGUGAAGAUUCAACACUUUCCUUCCAGCAUUCGUUAUUGGAACGUCUUGAGCGAGUCAUCCAGGCCUCCUUUCCUCUUCCUUCUGCUGCUGUUAUAGAAGAAAACAUAUCACCUCUGGAUCGUCUUCUGCUAUGCACAGAGCAACAAGAGGAAACCUCAAAAUCUCGGUCCACUAGCAGGUUAUGCACUGCAGUGCUGGACUUAUGGGCUGAGCUGCAGGAUAUCCACGAUGCCUUCGGACUGAAGUACCAGUGGGGAGGUUCACAUAGCAACAAAAAACUCCUGUGCUCCCUUGGAAUUGACACAAGGAACAUACUUUUUACAGGUAACAAGAAGCAACCAGUCAUUGUUCCCAUGUAUGCAGCUGGACUGGGUAUGCUGGAGCCAACGAAAGAGCCCCUCAAGCCUUUAUCUGCUGCAGAGAAAAUUGCCUCCAUAGGACAGUCUUCUCAUAUUUCUCCAGAUGACAUUUCUUCUUCCGACCAGUUGCAGGAAUCCCUCCCACCUGUCCAGUUUGACUGGAGUAGCAGUGGCCUUACUAACCCCUUAGAUGUUGAAGAGCAAGCUAGUGGAGGUUCCACUCUUCUGAAUCUUGAUUUCUUUGGGCCCGUGGAUGACAGUGGCUUUAACAGCACCACCACUUUCCCAGGUGUGGAUCCCGAAUUAUAUGCGUUGACAACUUCAAAAGUGGAAUGCUCGAGUGCCAGCAACAAAGUGACAGACGCAUUUGCAAGACUUAUGUCUACAGCAGAGACAACGAGCACUUCUACAAAAAAACCUCGGAGAGAUGAGAACCUUAGCGAAGAGGCUGCCAAAGUAAUAGCCAGCCUUCCCGACUUGUCUUUCAUGCAUGCCAAGGUGUUGAUGUUCCCUGUCUCAUUAACACCUUUAACAAGUUCUCAAGACAAGGUAGACUGAUCAGACAAGGGAAAAGAAAAAUCCAAAAAGCAUUGGAUGUUUUAUAUCCAAACUUUUUAAAGAGAAAGAAAGUGUCUGCUUCAUACAAUCACUUUAGAUGAAGUGUUAGUAAGCAGAAUGACAAAGGGUAUAUAUACACUCUGAUGUAUAGUUCAACACUGAAUCCUUCAUUUAUAUAAAAAUUAUUACAAUUAAUUUGUAUAUAAUGGCAAGGGGAACUUUUUUUUUUUUCCUGAUGUGCUGGGUUACAUACACUGGUGGAUCCUUUCUUAAUAAAAAAAAUCAAAAACAGACAAACGUGAACAUGCAAAACCUUCACUGCCUGUGAGCCUGUUGCGGUGACAUCUCCAUUUCCAGUUGUAUUACCGUUGUUGUUCUGUUACAUAUACAUGUUCAGUGUUGUUCAUUUUAUGUGUUAAUUUGACUUAAACCGAUGUGGCAGCGGACAUCAGUGCAUACCCCACCCUCUGGGAACAGCAACCCAGCAGAGGCAGAAAUUGGGUUAAAGCAGAACACUUAAUUUUCUGGCAAAUUUGCUCUUUUAAAAAAAUGCAGCAAUUUUAGUCAUUUUGUACAGAAUUUUUAUCUGGCCUCUUUGUGUGUGCAGUUGGGUCCGUAAGUCGUGGACGUAUUGUCACAGAAAGUUUGUGUUGCCCAUCACAACCUGUGAGAUGCUGCCCUUGACUGUACCCCCAUACUGUGCUUAGAGACAAAAAGGGAGGAUCUGGUUGCAGCGGGCAACAUAGACUAAAGCCAGCCAUACACGGACAGCAAUUUAGCCGGUUUAGCAAGGAUCGGUCGAGAUGCGAUCCAUCUAUGGGCAGGCUAAUUGUUCCCGUCGAUCCAAUGAUCGACUUGGGUACAACUAACCUGUCUGAUAUUUUUUUUUUACACGUGAUUACUGCAGGUGGUUGUAGCUGCUAGCAGUAAUCAUUGUGUUCUGCCGACCAGGAAUGCUCCCCACAUCCCUUUGCUGGCAGAACACAAUAGCACUGCAGGAGGCAUUUCCCCAUCAACACUGGCUGUGUUGAUGAGGAAAUCAAGCGUUUUGCUUUCCUUUUAUCCAUAGUGGAAGGAAUCAGAUCGAUGGGCUGCCUAAAGCUGGCUAUGCAUUCGUAAUUUUUUUCUUUUUUUUUCAACUGGAUGAAUCUCCUCUUCCAGUUAUUGUAUUCUGACAGCCAGCAACUGCGAUAAUACACGAACAAUGACUGCAAUUAAUUGGCUGCAUUCACUGUUCAGCCAACAAUCUUCUACAUGGAUCCUUUAGAUUUUCAAACUAAGGAUGUUGGGCAUAGUGGAGCUGACAGGACCACCUAUUGAUGAGAAUUUUCAGCCAGUUCCUCAGGAACCUGUUGAAAUUUGUUACGUGUAUGGCCAGCUGGAAUUAUAGUGUAUAUUUUUUGGUAUACAGCACCAGUUAUAUGUAAUGGUGUAUUACCUGCAGGUAAUGUCUCCUGUGUCUCCUUAGAGCCGCUGUAUACAGCCCUGAGCAGCUUUUCUUCUGGGAUUUUUAGGCCUCAUGCACACAAGGCAAAAAACCGAGCUGUAAGGCCAGUACCGAUGCCAGGAAAAAGCGGUUAUAAAAACACGCUUUUAGAAGCAUUUUGCAUUGGCGACAAUGCGUGUUUAGCAGCGUUUCUCUGCCCUCUUCUAUUUUCCACUCUCAAAUCCAAUUACUAUAGCUUAAAAACACGACGCGGCUUAACCCUGCAUUUAGCUGCCUCAGGCUUUUUACAGCUUAACGCUGCUGCUCCAGAAGACCCUGUUUUUUUUCCCUACAGCUUGAAAGUGCCUAUGCCAUUUACAGCGCCAAAAAGCCUAUGUGCGCAUGGACAUAUAGAAUAACAUGGAGAGGCGUUUUUAGCUGUAAAAAAUAAAAAUAAAAAAAUGCUUCUAAAAGUGACAGGAAGAUUGCCUGUGUGCAUGAGGCCCUAAGGUUAACAGCAUCAAUGCUACUGAGAAAAGUGCGCUGCUUGCCCCUCCCUCUUUUACCCUGUCUGCCAUUUAUAUUGCUUACAUUACAACUCUCCUACAAUGCAUCACCUUUUGUGAAUUGGCAGAGUAGAUACUGUCAUUCAGCUGCUCCACUUUGAUGCAUUUAUGAGUUCUGUGAAGGGGAUGGGUUGGCAGGAAGUGCAACUUUUCUCAGUAGCAGUGGCUGCUUUUAAAAAAAAUAUAGGAUUCCAGAAAAAAAAAUUAUACUCACCUAGGCGGAUUGUAUGGGUCCCCUGUCGGCUCCAGGCCGAGAGCUGAGCGAGCAAGCUGAUCACUCGGCUCAGUCAUCGGCUUUCUACUUUGCCCCUCCAGCGCUCACUGCAGCACUGGGCUGUGCAGGGUGUGGUAAUGGCUGGCUCAGGCUCUCAGCGGUUCACCCAGAGGCUGAGCCAGCUGGAAGUCAAGGCAUCUGGGUGGAUCACGACUGUAAAGUCAGGAUCUUAGCCAAACCUGGAUCGGCUUUGUGACAUCAACUGCCAGUGGGCUUUAGCCCACUGUCGGUUGAAAACGGGUCACCGGAAUGCAGAAUGACUGCACUCCUGUGAUCAAUAGAAGUACAGCCAAAAAAGCUUUGGCCAUACUUCUCCUUUAACCUUCAUGCUGGAGGACAGCAGCUCGGAACAGUAUCCAGUGACUCUGAUGAGGCACAGCAGGUAAGAUCUUUUAGCUGCGGAAAAAGCCUGCAGGUACUAGGAUACAAACCUUUACCCAUAACUAACAUGUAUGACUCUGUCUCCCAAACAAAAAGACUAAACUUCAACUUUAAGUGUGGUCAUGAUCCAAGCUGUAGUUGGCAAGGUUGAUGAGGUCCUAUUGAUUUGGGGACAAUGAUGCAAACUUGCAACUGUUCAAACACAUCAUAUUGUACAAAAAAUGUCCAACUUUUCUUGUCUCUUUUCAGGUAGGACUAAGCCAGUACUUCCCUCUGAUUUUCUAAUAAAUAAGUACUAUUGUUUCC